CCAGUCCAUGGAAACUGGAGCACGUGGAGUGAGUGGUCUGAUUGUGUUACUCGGUACGGAGGCUGUGGGUCAGGGGUCAGCUCACGACACAGAUAUUGUGACAACCCGAGGCCUGAUCCUCAAGGCAACAAUUGUGAUGGAGGACAUGAGGAGACUAAGCCAUGCAAUACUUCAUGCAGAGGUCGGACAUUUAGAAAAGCUUUCGACUCAUUUUUAAAUUGA